GUUAAAUGUGACAAAUGUCAAUAUUUUUCAUACAUAAUUUGAAUAAAUAAAACCUUAUUUGAAUAAUGAAACACAAUUUCCAAUUUCAAAAUUUAUUAGGAACAGCAUAUCGUAAAGGUAAUAUAUUGUUUACCUCAGAGGGGGAUAAUUUAAUUAGCCCAGUUGGCAAUCGUAUAACAUUUUUAUUACUCAAAAAAAGUAAAUCAGAAACGCUCUCCUUAGAGAGCUCUUUAAAUAUUACAACAAUAGCAUUAUCACCUGAUAAUUCCAUAAUUAUUGCUAUUAAUGAGGAGGGAGAUGCAUAUUUUUACAGUCUCAUAAGUUAUUCACUUAUUCAAACAUAUUCAUUUCUCUCAUCCAUUAAACAGAUUAAAUUUUCUCCUGAUGGCAAACACUUUGCAAUUACAAAAGAAAAUAUUGUUCAAGUCUAUCACCUUCCUAAUUGUACUGAAAAACAAUUUAAUCCAUUGUCCUUAUUAAAGACAUACAAUAAAUCAUAUGAAGAAAUAUCAUGCAUUGAUUGGGCAGAUAACAAUGGUUUUCUUGUUUGUGGAGCCAUGGAUUCUGUUAUUAGAUUUUUUACAACUAAAUACUACCUUAACUUUGGUGGCAGUUUAUCACUUACUGGUCAUACAACUCCUAUAGUUGCAAUAUUUUUCUUUGCAAACUCACUUAAUGUAAUGAGUAUCAGUACAAAUGCUGUGAUAUAUGUAUGGGAAUGUGAUACUGACAUCAACAAUUUGAAAUUAAACAAAGAAAAAAAGAGCUUCUGGGAUGAAAACAAAAGUGAGAAAGAUGAAUUAGAGGAGACCAACGAGAAGAGUGGUUAUAAUGAUGCUAUGGAAGUCAUUGAAAAUAUGAAAACCCUAGAGACUGUUCCUUUGCUCUACUACAAAAAAAGCAAAAAGUUUCACUUCGAUAAGCCUGCCGUGAACCAAAAUCAAAAGGGACUUUUUGCCAUCACGUGUGCCGCUUACAACAAGAAUAACCGGAUUUUAGCGACCGCCACCAACCUAGGCUUUUUCUAUAUCCACGAAAUGCCCUAUUUUAAUCACAUCCAAUCAUUGAGCAUAUGUGAUUACCCCAUCUCGUCGAUAACAAUAAAUUCCGGGGGUGAUUGGGUUGCAGCGGCUAGUAUACCUAUGGGAGAACUGACCGUGUGGGAAUGGCGCAGUCAGAAUCGUGUAAUCAAGCAAGCCAGUCACGUGGACGAGCUACGGUGCCUUGCUUACGUCCCCUCUUCCGACUGCGGUGGAGGAGCCCGUUUGGUUAUGGGAAGUUUUGAUGGAAAGAUCAAAAUUUGGGAUACCGCGAGUGCCAUGUGUCUAAUGACCUUUAAGGAACACACCUCGGCCAUUACCGAUAUCGUUUUUACUACCAAGGGCAACGCCUUCCUCUCUAGUUCUGAAGAUGGGACCGUUCGGGCUUUCGACCUUGUCAGGUAUCGAAACUUUAGAACUUUUACUGCUCCCGAAGUGACGCAAUUCGCCUGUCUAACGGUCGACACCUUGGGGGAAUUCGUUUUUGCCGGCUCCUCGGCGUCUUUUGAAAUAUACUUGUGGUCCAUGAAGACAGGAAAAUUGCUGGAAGUUUUGUCAGGCCAUACCGGUCCUGUGACCUCGGUCCAAUUCGAUUCCCUCAACAACACGUUAGUUAGUUGCUCCUGGGAUGGAAACCUCAAAGUUUGGGAUGUUUUUGGCACAAAAACCUGCAAAGAAAGUUUCCUUCUCGGUUCCGAGGCACUCGCGUCAUCCAUUCACCCAGCCGGAUCUGUUAUUGCCGUUUCAACCUUGAACGGCCACAUUACCUUCUGGGAUACCAAAGAAUGCUUGAUAUUAUGCUCGAUAGAUGGCGGCAAUUACGAUUUACAAAGUGGAAGGGCCACCGAGGAUCAGAUUACGGCUAAGAAUUCAUUGAAAAACAAAACUUUUACCACUCUCUCCUUCAGUCCCGACGGUGAGACACUUCUCGCCGCCGGCGAUUCCAAAUAUGUCUGCCUCUACUCCUACCUUUAUUCUCGUUCGCCAAAUUUAAAAAGUAAUAGUACUUCGACGGGUGCGGCUCUCUUGAAGAGGUUCGAAAUAACUCAAAACAAAUCGUUUGACCGAACGCGGGACGACGCUACCCUGAAUAGACGCAAAAUGACGGAAUUCGGCAACUUAGAUUCCGAAAACUUUUUGCGCGAUACCACCGCUCUCCACGAUGCCGAACGUGGGGGCUCUUUAACAAACGCUGCUCUCAAUUUGCCUGGGGUAAAAAAGCAUGGGGUUGACCGAUCUUCUCGGUUUUUUAGGCCUGAAAUACGCGUUGCUUGCGCUCGAUUUUCGCCCUCAGGUCGGUCAUUUUCCUUGGCCUCUACUGAGGGUUCUCUUAUUUACUCCUUAGAUUCCUGGAGGAAUCCCAUAUUUGAUCCACUUAGCCUCGAUUUAGAUCUGACACCUGACAAAGUUAAAGAAUUAAUGACGCAAGAUCCACCGCUUUACACAAACGCCUUGGUCGGAUGUCUCAGGCUAAAUUCCCAAGAACUCAUCAGGGAAGUUUUAGGGGGCGUCCCUCUCGAUAAAAUUGAUUACCUAACAUCUACAAUACCUCUCCUUUAUAUCUUACCCUUGGUAACAUUUGUGGCUAAAGAAUCAGAAGACUCAAAGAAUGUAGAAUUUUACCUACGAUGGUCCUACCAACUCUUGUUACAGCACGGAGCUUUAAUGGCAUGUGGUCCCGAUAAGCUCAAAUUCUUACCUCUAUUUAAUUUACUUCAACGAUCCAUUAGCCAUAAAUAUGAGUCCUUGAAACGAAUAUGUAAUAGCAACAAGUUUUAUUUGGAUUACGCUAAAGUUUUGGGCAAUUUCCCGCCAGCCUUCACAUCCGAUCUUGCAAUGCAAAAAUAAUAUUCUUUAAAUUAACCAUAAUAUUGUUGAAUAAAUUGUUAAACUCUUUCAUUCCUUGAUUUGUAUGAUAUAA